AGUUAAAGUACUUAAAUCCUCUUUCGUUUGGGCAAUUAGAACAUAGAAGAAUUCAAAUUACUAGGGUUUAAGUAUCGCAGAGAAAAAUGGCGUCCUCAAUGUUCCGAUCUUUAAGAAGAUCAACAUCUCUCAUAAGCUUACCAACAUCAUCUUCUUCACUUACUCACAUUUCUUCGCCUUCUUCAACACCUUCUUCGCUCAAAACUUGUGGCUGUGUACUGUUGCAGAACUCAGGCUAUGCAAAAGCAGCUAACUACAAUGGAAAUGAAGAUAACCAAAGAAGGGAUAAAGAAGAAGAAUAUAGUGAAGUACCCACUGAAGGAAUUAGUAGACCCUUAUCUGAAAUCCUUAAACAACUCAAUAAAAAAGUCCCCGAUUCUCUCAUAAAAAUUCGCAAUGAGGAUAAUGGAUUUGCUCUCAAAUAUAUUCCCUGGCAUAUUGUGAAUCGAAUUUUGAACUUACAUGCUCCAGAAUGGUCUGGUGAAGUACGGAAUGUCAUAUACUCGGCUGAUGGCAAGUCUGUAACUGUUGUUUAUCGUGUUACACUCCAUGGAACCGAUGCUGAGAUCUAUAGGGAAUCAACAGGAACUGCUUCAGUGGUAGUGGUAGGGAAAGGCUAUGGAGAUGCUGUUCAGCAGGCUGAAGGAAUGGCAUUUCGUCGAGCAUGUGCACGCUUGGGACUCGGACUUCAUCUCUACCAUGAAGAUUUGUCAUAGCGUAGUUCCACCAUCAUAAUCCGAAUGACCAUAUCUGUUCAAUGUAAAGCUCAUAUAGGUUUUUAAGUUGCCCCAUUUUGUAUCUAUCUGGUCGUACUCACCUAUCAUUUGUGGGUGAUAUUUUCCACAUUGGCCAGUGCCAGGGGAUAAACUCGAUCUAGGACCAUUAUCGGUCUCUCUAGUUUAUGUAUGAUAGAAUUGAUGAUCGUAUUGCUGUAUAUGUGGUAUUUGGUAGUGCUUGGUGUGCCUCUACCCUUGCUGGCGUGCUACACAUUUAUGAAGAGGUGUAAAUUAUAUGGGACUUUCAGUUUGCUGUGUGCCUGUCGGCCAAGUAUCGAUUACUAUUGUUGUUGUUGAUGUUGGCUUCAUGCUUCUUUGCACGUCCUAGCCUUCUCGCCCCUAAACGCCUCAAAUAUGACAUAAUCGUGUAAUUGGUAUUUUUUGUUGCUUGGUGUUUUCUCUUGUGCGAAUUGUCGUUUGUUCUACGAUGUAUAUGUCCCUUUUGAAGGAAAAUUUUUGGAACAAUGAAAACAUUUAUCUGUUGGUGUUUGGCA